AUGCCAGAAGAACAAGGAGAUCGUGCAAUGAAACCACAAGCAGCCAAAAACAAACUGAAACCAGUCUGGGAUUUGCUUAAUAACUCGAAAGUGCAGCUUGAAGACAUGUCACAGCUACUGGCACAGUGUGAUAUGACUUUGAAUCAGUACAACUCGUACAUUGAGGCAUUGAUCUCCUCAAGCGUGAUUCUAAUGAAGCGUGAUGUCAAGGACUGCUGGGUGAACAACUACAAUCCACAUUUGCUGACGGCCUGGAACGCCAACAUGGACAUCCAGUACAUUCUUGAUGAGUAUGGUUGCAUCAUCUACAUGUUGUCAUACAUAUCCAAGCCAGAACGCGAGCUGAGUGACUAUAUCAAAACAAUAGUCAAAGAAAUGAGCCCAGAAACAGAGACAGAACGAGAAGAAAUUAAAUAA